UUCCAGCCCUGCCAGCCUCACAGCCAAACUGACGUGUUUUGCGCAUUUCCUGCACCGUCGUCCAGAGAGAGAGAGAGAGAGGGAGCUCUGUAGGGGGAGGCAGAGCAAAGAGGAGGUAGAUCCACAGCACACACAGGAAGUCAAAGCUCCAGCCGCAACAGGGGACACACAGAGACACCGAGGAGAGACGAUAGAUUCAAAUAUAAGAAGCCAGUAAGCCAUCGCAGCAGCGGGGUGUUGCUGCUGUUGGAUCCCGGGUCCCGUUCGUGCAGCUCGGCGAGACAUUCCAGAUGUCCCAUGGCUGAGGAGGCGGCCGGAGCCUCCCACACAGCCUGCGACCAGACAUAACGGACUGGCUUUGAUUUCUCGGAGGUAAAAGCCCCCUAAAGCAAUCGUAGCCUGGUCCUAUUGUCCGUCAUAUAAAGGAUUUAGUGUAUGAAGCUGUUGGUAUUUGGACCCAAUGGACGUGUCUGCUUCCUGCGAUUCGUUUUCUCCAAGUCCUCCAGAGGCGGUGGGCUGCACGUCGCUGCGUCUCCACUGUUGUUGUGGAUGGGCGGACGCGAGCUUGAUCGGGCUGUAUGGAAUAUGAAUAAAGCCCCACGUCGCAUAUCUUGUCAGUGCACACGUUGAAGGACAUCAGAGCAAAUCGCCUAACUUAUUGUGUUUGUUUACUUUAUGCCGUUCUCUUAUCCAGCUGUGGUGUCGGAUUGAGUGAGCCAGAGGAUCUCACGCUCUGCUGUCCAUUCAGCUGGAAGGAAUAUACAGUGAGCCUGCAGAGGACCAGCGGUCGGAACAGUCGUGCUAUUCAUACCUUGGCCUAGGAGAGCAGAGGACACGAUCCGCUCCAAGCGCACCAGUUGCAUCACACAUCCAUAUUCUCCUCCUCCUCCUUCUACUCCUUGCCGGUGGAUUGAAACAGCGGAUUUUUUUUAUAUUGUAAACUAAACAACCGUGUUGUGUUGUUUCAUCUGAACUACCAUGGUGGUUUUUAAUGGGUUACUGAAGAUCAAGAUCCGGGAGGCGUUGGACCUCAAACCGACAGCCUGGUCCCUGCGACAUGCCGUUGGUCCAAAGACGCAGACGUUCAUGUUGGACACCUAUAUCGCUCUGAACGUGGACGACUCCAGAGUGGGCCAGACGUCCACCAAGCAGAAGACCAACAGCCCGGCGUGGAACGACGAGUUCAAGACCGAGGUCUGCGAGGGGAGGAAAAUAGAGCUGUCGGUUUUCCACGACGCGCCCAUUGGUUAUGACGACUUCGUGGCCAAUUGUACAAUACAGUUUGAAGACAUCCUGCACAAUGGGAGCAAACACUUCGAAGACUGGAUCGACUUGGAGCCAGAGGGGAAGGUGUACGUGGUCAUUGACCUCUCCGGUUCCUCCAGCGAAGCGGCAGCAGUCUCCAGUGAGAAUGAGGAGCGUGUGUUCCGGGAGCGCAUGCGGCCCAGGAAGAGGCAGGGGGCCGUGCGGCGGAGGGUCCACCAGGUCAACGGACACAAGUUCAUGGCCACCUACCUCCGCCAGCCCACCUACUGCUCCCACUGCAGGGACUUCAUCUGGGGAGUCAUCGGAAAGCAGGGCUACCAGUGUCAAGUGUGCACGUGCGUGGUCCAUAAGCGCUGCCAUGAGCUGAUCAUCACCAAGUGCGCUGGGAUGAAGAAACAGGAGGUCACUGAGGAGGAGCCCGUCGGUUCCCAGAGGUUCAGUGUGAACAUGCCCCACAAGUUCAGCAUCCACAACUUCAAGGUGCUCACCUUCUGCGAUCACUGUGGCUCUCUGCUCUGGGGUCUGCUGCGACAGGGCCUCCAGUGUAAAGUAUGUAAAGUGAACGUACACAGGCGCUGUGAGAGCAACGUUGCGCCCAACUGCGGCGUGGACGCCAGGGGCAUCGCCAAAGUGCUCUCUGACCUUGGGGUGACCCCAGACAAGAUCUCCAGUAGUGCCGCUCGACGGAAAAAGCUUCAUCAAGGACAGGACUCCCAGCAGCCACUGCCCAUCAGCCCACAGACAGUAGAGGACCGCUCCCGGUCCGCCCCCACGUCUCCAUGUGACCCGGCAGACCUGAAGGAGUUGGAGAACAUCCGGAAAGCCUUAUCCCUUGACCACCGCGGCCCAGAACACAAGAAGCAUCCAGUCGCUCUCACUUCCUCCGUUCCCACGGCAACGAGCGACCAUGGGGGAGGAGGAGGCGGAGUUGGCUGCGGCGAGACUGGGGGCGAAGGCAAGGAGAACGGAGAGGUUAAAGGUCACGACGCCCCAGAGAUCAAGAGGAUGGCCCUUAAGGAUUUUCGGUUUAUCAAAGUCCUGGGAAAGGGUAGCUUUGGAAAGGUGAUGCUGGCGGAGCAGAAGGGGAGUGACGAGGUGUUCGCGGUGAAGGUGCUGAAAAAGGACGUGAUCCUGCAGGACGACGAUGUGGACUGCACCCUGACCGAGAAACGCAUCCUGGCCCUGGCCCGCAAACACCCCUACCUCACCCAGCUGUACUGUUGCUUCCAGACCAGGGACAGGUUGUUCUUUGUGAUGGAGUACGUGAACGGAGGCGACCUGAUGUUCCAGAUCCAGAGGUCCAGGAAGUUCGACGAGGCCCGCUCCCGCUUCUACGCCGCCGAGGUCACGUCGGCCCUGAUGUUCCUCCACCGCCACGGGGUCAUCUACAGAGACCUGAAGCUGGACAACAUCCUGCUCGACGCAGAGGGCCACUGUAAGCUGGCCGACUUCGGCAUGUGCAAGGAGGGUAUCCUGGAUGGGGUCACCACCGCCACCUUCUGCGGCACACCAGACUACAUUGCACCCGAGAUCCUCCAGGAGCUGGACUACGGCCCCUCAGUGGACUGGUGGGCCCUGGGGGUCCUGAUGUAUGAGAUGAUGGCGGGCCAGCCCCCCUUUGAGGCGGACAAUGAGGACGACCUGUUUGAGUCCAUCCUCCACGACGACGUGCUGUACCCCGUGUGGCUGGGCAAGGAGGCCGUGUCCAUCCUCAAGGCGUUCAUGACCAAGAGUCCCACCAAGCGGCUGGGCUGCGUGCUGGCUCACGGGCUGGAGGACGCCAUCAAACUGCACCCCUUCUUCAAAGAGAUAGACUGGACCCUGCUGGAGCAGAGAAAAGUCAGGCCCCCCUUUAAACCACGUAUCGUAAGUCCUCACGAAUCACAGACACACACACACACACACACACACACACCCACACCCACACACACACACACACACCCAAACACACACACACACACACACACACACACUAGGGCUGUAACGAUACGCGUAUCAAACCGAAAAUCGCGAUACUCAAAGCCACGAACCUGUCUCGCGGUGUGAGAAGGCAGAAGCGCGAUAUGCCCUUUCUAACUCUUCGGUCAAAUUGUCCGAUUGAAAUUUGCUAAUAAUUUGUCUAAAUAAUAGUCUGCUGACAGCGCCCCCUCCUAUCGAUGCCGUAAAUAUGUGACGAGAUGCCCUCUCUGUGAUCACAGCUCUCCGUGGCUACGGAGGAUUGCAUUUCUCCACAGCCGUCGAAGUCCUCAUAUGCGAUAUGAACGACAUUUAUGCAGAGUGGGCCAAGCGCGAAAAAAAUUGCCUGUGUGAUCCUGUCUCUAUUGUUUUGUGUGAUUUGACUGGCAGUUUGUCUGCUUAUAGGUCGGAAUGAAGCGGCCACCGAUUAUUGACAGGAUGGGUACUUUAUUCUACCGGACUCGUUUGCUUCUUCACUAGACACACGCGCUACCGCUCGCUCUCCUCGCUCGUCCACUCACUCGCUGACGUCACUCACACACGCAUCCGCACACUGCCAUUCUCCCGCACACACAUAGCUACUCGUAACACUAUGCCUCGUUAUUGCGACGUUCAUGUUUUUCCUCAUCUAUUGAAAGUUAGGCUAUUAAACAUGUUGCAUUCUAUACGGCCUGAUUAUGUCAUUAUUUAAGCUACAUAUAGCCUAAUAAGAAGCGCUAAUAAGGA